AUGGCUGAAUCAACAUCACCAUCAAUAUCUCGUUCACCACAUAAACUUCUUGAAUAUACAUCAUGUAUUAAUACAACUGUAUCAUCAUCAACAACAAUAUCAACAUGUGGAAAUAUAAAUGCUCAUUCAAGUUUUGAUUUAAUUAGUCAACCACGUGAUUGUGAUACUUUAGUAAAUAGAUGUGAAAAUAAUCAUCGAAUACUUGAACGUGAUCUACGUCGAUUAGAUAUUAAUCCUACUAAAUAUAAUUUGGAAUUAUAUAAUAAAAAAUUAGAUAGAACGCCAUCAAUAUCAUUGCCAUCAACACCUAUUGAACAUUUAUCUACAAAAUUUCAUCCUCGAUAUCAACCAUUAUCAUUAACUCAAACAAUUAAAAAUGAUUUUGAUGAUGACGAGGAUGAUAAUGACGACGAUAAUGAUGAUGAUGAUGAUGAUGAGUUACCACAUUUUCGUUUACCAUCUCCAAGAGAUUAUGUGGUAAAUAUGCCUGGACAAAUGACAACUGAAUCAAUCUCAAAUUCAAAAAGUACUUUACAAUCGAUAUCAUCUUCAUCAUCUUCAUCACCAUCAGAAUCAAACAUUCCAAUUUUAUAUGGUGUUGAUUGGACAGAUCGAGCAUCUUCUACGUCACAUUGUUGGUUUCCAUAUCAUCAAAAUGACCCUGCAUCAUCGCCAGCAUGUGCGUUUUUUUCUUGUAAAAAUCCUAAACCAACACUUAUUUUAUCACUCGUUCAAUGUGAAUCAUGUUUCAUUGUUGUACAUAAUCAUCAUCUAUUAAAUUUACGAACAUCAACAACAACAACAGCGGCAGCAGCAAGUAAAACAAAUUUUAUGCCAUUAUGUCGUCCAUCAUUUUUUGAUGACGACGAACAAAAUAAAGUUGAUCGACAUUAUUGGUCUCCUGUAUCGAUACUUACUAAACCAUGUGCUUUUUGUAAACGAAAAUCUAUAUCAAAUGUUAUGUUUAGUGGAAAUACUCGACCAUCAACAAUGCCAACAUUUGAUAUAGCAUCGAGAGGUUUCGGUUAUAAUAAAAGUCCAAUACCAGACAGUCCAAAGCUAUCUAGAACAACAAAUGGCCUUCAAUGUUUAUGGUGUUCACGUGGUUAUCAUAGACGUUGUUGGGAACAAAUAUUUAAUCAUGAUGAUAAACAUAAAUGUGACUAUGGAAUAUUUAGAAAUAUAAUUGUUCGACCACAAUGGAUACAUCGUUCACCUAAUUAUCCAUUACUUUUUCGUGCUCAGAAUCCUUCUUAUAAUGAACAUGAUACUGGUUAUACACCCUUACUUCUAUUUAUAAAUAAACGUUCUGGUGGUCAAAGUGGUGAAAAAAUCUAUCGUAAAUUAUUACGUCUAUUAAAUCCUCGUCAAGUAUUUUUACUUGAAAAUGAUCAAACUAUAAUUAAUGCCUUAGAAAUAUAUUCACAACUGCCAAAUAUUCGCAUAUGUGUAUUUGGUGGUGAUGGUACUGUUGGUUGGGUAUUAGGUCGUUUAGCUGAAAUUUAUCCAUCAUUAAAUAAUCCACCUGUUUGUAUAUGUCCAUUAGGUACCGGUAAUGAUUUAUCACGUGUAUUAUCAUGGGGUGAACAAUAUGAUCCGAAACGUUUAUUACCAACUCUAGCACAAAUACCAUAUGCACAACCCAUAGCACUUGAUCGUUGGCAAGUUACAAUUGAACCAAUGGAUUUAACAAAUUCAAGUAUAAAUCUUAAUACUGGACGAUCAUUUUUAUCGUUUUUUACUCAUCCAAAAUUUAUUCGUGAUACAAAACGUGCAUCCUAUCAAAAUCAUCGUACAUUACCAAAUACACGUUUUAUAAAUUAUAUGAGUUUUGGUUUAGAUGCAGCUAUAGCAUUAGAAUUUCAUGAUAGACGUUCACGUGAUCCAGCAAAAUUUUCUUCACCAUUAAAAAAUAAAUUAAUGUAUUUAAAUGAAAGUCGAAAAUAUUUAAAUGAUUUUGCACGUUCAAAAAUGUGGAAUUUAAGUUCAUAUAUACGUUUAAUAUGUGAUGGAGAAAAUUUAACUGAUUCAAUUAAAAAUUGUCAUACAUUACUUGUUUUAAAUAUAUCGGGUUAUGCAUCAGGUACAAAUCCAUGGGGUAAAUCAUCAAAUAAUUCCUCGUCAUCACCACCAAUAACCAUACAAAAAGAUUCUGAUUCAUUUGAACAAAUUUCAACAAGUUCUAUUGAUAUACUUGAUUUACCAGCAAAUACACAUGAAGUUUAUGAAUUAAUAACAUUAAAUGAAUGUUCAACUGAUCAAAUGAAUUCAUCAAUAAUAACAACAGUUAAUAAUUCAACUGGCCGUUUUGAACGACAAGAUUUUGGUGAUAAAAAAAUUGAAGUUGUAGGUUUAAGUACAACACAUAUGGCUACGAUUCAUAUUGGUUUUCGUGGUAUGCGUAUUGCACAAUGUAGUCAAGUACGUAUUGAAAUAUGUUGUCCUAUGACAGCACAAAUGGAUGGUGAACCAUUUUAUUUACCAGAAUCUGUUGCUGUAAAUAUUACACAUGCAGGUCAAGUGGUAGUAUUAAGAAAUGAGACUAGAUGA